AUGUGCUACGACCGCUACGUGUCCAUCUGCAAACCCCUGCACUACGGGACCCUCCUGGGCAGCAGAGCUUGUGCCCACAUGGCAGCAGCUGCCUGGGCCAGUGCCUUUCUCUAUUCACUGCUGCACACAGCCAAUACAUUCUCCCUGCCUCUGUGCCAUGGCAAUGCCCUGGGCCAGUUCUUCUGUGAAAUCCCACAGAUCCUCAAGCUCUCCUGCUCCAAAUCCUAUCUCAGGGAACUUGGGCUCAUUGCAGUUAGUGCUUGUUUAACAUUUGGCUGUUUUGUGUUCAUUGUUUUUUCCUAUGUGCAGAUCUUCAGGGCUGUGCUGAGGAUCCCCUCUGAGCAGGGACGGCACAAAGCCUUUUCCACCUGCCUCCCUCACCUGGCCGUGGUCUCUCUGUUCCUCAGCACUGCAGUGUUUGCCUACCUGAAGCCUCCCUCCAUGUCCUCCCCAUCCCUGGAUCUGGCCCUGUCAGUUCUGUACUCAGUGGUGCCUCCAGCCCUGAACCCCCUCAUCUACAGCUUGAGGAACCAGGAGCUCAAGGCUGCAGUAUGGAGAAUGGUGACUGGAUGCUUUCAGAAACAUUAAACUCAUGGCCAAUUUCUGAAAAUCACUUGUAAUAAAAGUCAUCUUCUAUA